AUGACCGGAGACCAGCCUCAAGCGGUGGCCCGCUUGGCGGAAGGCGUGCGGAACGACUUGACCUACCAGACCAUGCUGGGCGUGACCGGCAGCGGGAAGACUUUUACCAUGGCCAACAUCGUCCAGGAGGUGCAACGACCAACCCUGGUUAUGGCCCACAACAAGACUCUUGCCGCCCAGUUGGCCUCGGAGUUCAAGGAGUUUUUCCCUCACAACGCGGUAGAGUACUUCGUCUCAUACUACGAUUACUACCAGCCGGAAGCCUACGUCCCUCAAUCUGACACCUACAUCGAGAAGGACUCCAGCGUCAAUGAGGAACUGGACAAGCCCUGCUUGUCCGCAAAGUGUCCCCCUGAUUACACGACGGGAUGUCCUGUCGUCGCUCUGUUCUCGCUCAUCUACGGCUUAGGAGACCCCAGGGACUACUUCAACCUGGUGGCCCAAGUUAAGGUCGGAGAGGAACAGAGUCGCAGCCGGUUGAUGCGGCAAUUGGUAGACAUGCAGUACGAGCGUAACGACAUGAACCUGGCCAGGGGCAAGUUCCGUAUACGGGGCGACACGCUGGAAAUCAUCCCCGCAUACGAGGAGGCUGCGGUCAGGGUCCAGUUCUGGGGCGACGAGGUAGAGCGCAUAGUGCAGUUGGACCCGCUAACCGGCGAGAUGCUGGCCGAUAUGGCGGAAAUCGCCAUAUAUCCCGCCAACCACUUCGUGACGUCCAAAGACAAGCUUGACGCGGCAGUAAACGAUAUCCGGGUCGAGUUGGAAGAGAGGCUGGCGGAGUUGCGGGCCGGGGGGAAAAUACUCGAAGCGGCCCGCUUGGAAAGCCGCACCCACUAUGAUUUGGAAAUGCUCCAGGAAACCGGCUUUUGCUCCGGCGUAGAGAACUACUCCAGGCACUUGGCCCGCAGGGCGGCGGGCAGCUCUCCCUGGACCCUGCUGGACUACUUCCCCGAAGACUACCUGAUGUUCGUGGACGAGUCUCACAUGACGCUGCCCCAAGUCCGCGGCAUGUACCACGGCGACAUGUCCAGAAAGCGGACACUCGUGGACUUCGGGUUCCGCCUGCCCUCCGCUAUGGACAACCGCCCGCUCAACUUCGAGGAGUACGAGGACCACAUCAACCAAGUCGUCUAUGUGUCCGCCACACCCGGACCCUUUGAAAUGAAGCGCAGCGCCAUGACAGUGGAGCAGGUUAUACGACCCACGGGCCUGUUGGAUCCUACGGUUGAGGUGAAGCCCACGGAGGGCCAGAUCGACGACCUGUUGCAGCAGAUAAAGGAGCGGAUAGAGCGGUCGGAACGCUGCUUGGUCACGACUCUGACCAAGCGCAUGGCCGAAGAACUGGCCGAUUACCUGUCCGAGAUGGGUAUACGCAACAACUACCUCCACUCGGACAUACAGACCUUGGACCGGAUAGAAAUCCUUAGAGACCUGCGCUUGGGCGUGUUCGACGUUAUCGUCGGAAUCAACCUGCUGCGCGAAGGACUGGACCUGCCCGAAGUAAGCUUGGUGGCCAUCCUGGACGCGGACAAAGAGGGCUAUCUCCGCUCUAACACGUCACUGAUACAGACCAUCGGUCGGGCGGCCCGCCACGCCAACGGCCAAGUCAUCAUGUACGCCGACCGCAUCACCGACUCCAUGCGGCAGGCGAUAGACGAGACCAACCGCAGACGAGCCAUUCAGGACGCCUUCAACAAGCAGCACGGCAUUGAGCCCCAGAGCAUCCAGAAAGAGGUCCAUGACAUUACCGAGGGCAUCAAGACGAUUUCGGAGAACAGGGCGCGUUACCAAGUGGUGCGCAGCGAGAUGUCCAGGGCCGACAUGUACCGAGUGGUCAAAGACCUCGAAGGGCAAAUGAAGGAGGCGGCCAAGAGCCUCCAGUUCGAGAAGGCCGCCCAGUUCCGCGACGAAAUCUUCGAGUUGCGGAGGCUGUUAGUGCUGGAGGAGAAGGUGCUCACUCCAGCGGCGUUCGGAGCCGAAGAGUAA